GGGUCUUCUUGAGGUUCACAGUCGAGAUCAAGAGCAAGCGCUCAUCAGUUGUGUGUAGCCCGAGAAAUGAACAAAACGCUUUGUUUAUGCGUGCUCUUAUUUGUUGCACGAGUUGGCGCUGAUUGCCAACUUGGCGCUGCGGAUGUAUCUCAGACAAAUCGCAUAUUCGCAUUUAGGGCCAAUAACCGGAUAUAUCCGUUACGUGUGGACGUGGUGCAUACCCACCAAAAGUUGAAUAUGAUUUGCAGCUCCCAGGAUAUGGCGGACAUCAUUUGCCAGCCCAAUGGACGAUUCAAGCCGUCGCUGGCGGCCCUGGGCAAUUGCAGUAAUUCGGAAAAGGAAACCGUGGAAGUAGUCGUCGAUAGUCAUUGUCCAUAUACCACGUACCGUGUGGGCUAUAGGCUGAACGACGACGAGUUUCUGGAGAUCUACAGAAGUUGUUUUGAUGCUGCCAAUCAAAGAGCGCACUUUGUCAAACAUUUAGUCUAUCCCGUUAAGCUGAGCGGUCGACCUGCCCAGACCUUCACCACAGAUGGCAUCAUUAGCGGGGCUGCGGCCGCCACUUUCCAAAACAAGCACAUAUAUAAGCGCUUCAAGGAGCUGCUCGGCCAAGGUCAGGCGUACGUUAACUCUGCGCGUGAUUUGGUCUUUGAUCGUGGCCAUCUGGCGCCCUCUCUGGACUUUGGCUUUGAGCAAUAUAUGCGCCAAACCUUCAAGUACAUCAAUAUUGUGGCUCAGUUCCGGAGCAUCAAUCGCAGCAACUGGAAAUCGAUCGAGUUCUGGAUACGCAAGCAGCUCACAAACGACAUCUACCCGGCGCUCCAUGUGUGCACGGGUGCAUUGGGCGUACUCCAGCUGCCGGACAGCCAAGGUCAGCUGACAGAUAUUUAUCUGGGCGCUCGCAAUAGCAAUCCCGUGCCCAAAUGGCUGUACAAGCUCAUUACCGAUGACGCUGACACCUGUCUCGCUAUUCUCACCUACAACAAUAUCCAUGACUCGAGGACCCCAUCACCGAAUUGCCGUCAAGUGGCGUGUCCUCUGUCGCUGCAGCUCAUCCCGAAGAGGGAAUCAGGCCUAACCUUUUGCUGUGACCCGCAUGACUUCAUCGAGAAGAACGUCCCACAGCUGGGCACGUUCUGCUGA